AUGAGCCCUAUAUCUAGCACGGGCUCCAGUACCAGGACCACCAGUAGUACUGAUGAAGGGGGAGUCUCGGCCUUGGGAACCAGAAGGGGGAGACGCCCCGUGGAAACGCCCACUGGUGGGCCAAUCAGUAACAGGAGACGUAUGCAAAAUCGCAUGGCUCAGCGUGCAUACCGACAGCGGAAAGAGUUCGCCAUUGAUGUCUUGAAACAGAAGGUUGAAGAGCUGGAGAAAUCUAAAGAGGACAUGGGUAAAGAGUUUCUCAACUUUACGAACGUUAUUCUUGAGCAGGAUACUCUCAAGAACAAUCCUGAUAUUGUUGAGCAUAUCAAGAAGUCCACCAUCAGUAUUCUUACUAGUGCUCGAGAGGUCCAGAAUGACGGACCGGACUCACCGGAAAAUGAAGACCCGGGUCCAAUUACGACUAUCGAUAACACACCGGCUGUAGUGUCAACCGAUUAUAUCUUGUCGACAGACCAGUUCAACACCCUUGACUUUCCUAUGAUGGAUUAUGUACCCCAGCUCGAAUUUGACAACCUAGUUGACUACGGAUAUACUUCCAACCCUGAGCCUACACCAAUGCCAGAGUACAACUCCACACCCUCAGCUUGCGACACAAGUUCCUACUUUCAGAUGCCGAUCAACCAAACCCCGCAGUACAACAUGUACCAACUCCCAGGGGCUAGCUGGGACUCUUCGCUCUGCUCCCCUCGAUCCUAUUCGUCUCAAGAAGCAACCUUUGGCAGACGAUACCAAAGAGCAUCCCAAGAAGCUGCCUUCCUCCUCGCUUCCAUGCGUCACUCCCCACCCUCCUGGUACAAGAAGGUGUUCGGAUUCUGUAUGCACUUUGAGACUAGAGAGGAGAUCACCAAGCGCAUAGGUGAAACAGUCCGUAAAUCUCGGGAUGCAACACUGAACAACUGGAAAUUUCCUUUCACCAACGUCGGUGGUGCUGGUCUAUUCUACCCUGAUCACGGAGAUGGAACUGAUGAUUUACCCAUCGGGAAUCGUUACAUGCAGAACGAGGCAUACAUGCCUUCAGAGAUGUCAGGAUUCUCAAUGGGACCCUUUGGCCCGUCCAUUGAGCAGACUCGGGAUCUUCGCCUGAACCCCCAAUUACGAAUCAUUGAUCCCAACUAUGAUGGAGACUUCUUUGAUGCAGAUGAGAUUGAAAUAUGUUUGAGAGGAUAUGGUGUCACCAUACCGGCCGACAAAGACUUUGUAACUGCCUAUAUCGACAUGGGGAUGUUUGAACGAGCAGAUGCGAGAGAGAUUGCAGAAGUUCAGAACGAUGGACCAGUAACCCCACCAGAUGCCUCCAACGACGCAACUAACAUUCUUGACCAAGAUGAACAAGCCUUUAUUGCUGACCGAUCAUCCUUCCAUUGUCCCACUGGAAUGAUGGGCAUGGCCAUGGGAGCGGUGCCGCCGCCCCCGAAGCCACAGCCACAAGAGCAGUGGAAAACCCCUACAAAGAGAGAUACAAAAGUGAAGGUCGACGUGGAACGUUUGAUAACAUGUCUGUGUAAUGCAACGGUCUGCUUGGGAAGAACGCCCGCAGUCAGACCGAAGGAUAUCCGAAAGGCUUUGAAGAUGUCUCUGGUCGAAGAGGAUUAA